UUUUUCAUCAGAUGACUUUCCAUUUGUUAAUAUGAUGACUUUCAUUGCUUCCAUCUCCCAUCUUUCAACGUUUUAUAAUUGGUCCACUUUAGCCUUUAAUCAUGUGUACAAACUGGGUUCCUCUCUCUCUCUCUCUCUCUCUCUCAUUGCCAUGGACGAGCCAGUAGUUCCAGUGGUGAAAGCGAUAAAUAAUGCAGAACAACAGUCACAGGCGCCAUCAUCAUCUCCAGGACUUGGAGUGCCUCUUCAUGAUGCUGAAGGUAACGCAAAAGCAGGGCCUUAUUCGACUUUCCUUGGGAAGCAUAGAAUGGCAGCUGCCAUAUCCAAUCUAGAUAACCAAAUCAACAUGAUCCAGAACGAGCUGGAGGAACUUGAAACAUUAGGUAAAUCCUCCAUUGUAUGCAAAGAACUCAUUUCAAGCCUCGUCACUGUCCGCGAUCCGCUGCUUCCAUCGAGCAUGGGUCCGACAGAUGUCAGCUGGGAUCGUUGGUUCCGAGGAGCCCACAACUCCCAGAAUCACAAACUCUGGAUCUAACGUUAUAUUUCCCUCCAUAUAAGAAUAAGCCUAAUACCAACCAAAUGCAUUGAAGAAAAGCAGUAAGGCAGGCUGGCAGGCAGAGAGAGAGAGAGAGAGAGAGAGGGCUAAAAUGUAAUUUUAUCGGUUGCUUUUCGUUUUUGGGGUGGGGUCUGUUAAGAUGUUAGAUGCGUUUUCUAUAGCCAUGUUUCUGAUUGUUGAGUACGCGCUAGGACAAGCUUUGUCAAAAUGCUACGCAUCUGUAAAGCUUUCAGUCGUAUACGGACCAUUGUCCUCUAAUGCAAUUUCAAUCAAAGCUAUCAUGCCUUUGAGAAAA